UCAAAGCAGUCCUAAGACCAGAAAUUUUGAGUAAAUCUUGGGUUUUAGAAUCUUCUCUGUUAAGCCCAGCAUAUUACUGGACUCUGAAGGCAAGGUCCCCAUCUGUCUUAUUGGACAUAUAUUUAGGGUUUGGCUAGUAGUAUGGAAGCCUUAAGUAUUACUGUCAAAAGGUUAGAAGGCAAUAAGAAAUGAAUGUGAAGAACGAUUCCACCUCACCCUUGCUUCCACAUUACUCAGGGAAGUGGAAGUGAAGCCAGUGCUCCAGACUAGGGACUCGCCUUAGAGCCUGGACUGAACAGUGCCAGGAGGUAGAAAGGGAAGGGAUUGGGCACCCGGUCUAAAUGGGAACAUAAGGAAAGGAGGGAUGGACGGGCGCAUGCGUGGAAGUAGGCGCAUGUGUGUACAUGCACUUACAUGUACAGGGAGGGAGAUAGCUGUUGAAAAGAGCAGAGGCACGGAGUCCCUCGCGCCUGCACGCGGGACGCGCAUGCGCGCAGAAGAAUGCGGGAAAGGCGCCAAGAGGUAGAGCGAGGAGCGUUGCGAGAUGAGGCCUGUGGGGCCUGAGGCCCCGGUCGCUAAGCUUCUCAGUUGAGCCUUGUACACCCUCAUUUUCGCCUGACUGACCAGACUGAAGAGCCCAGGCCUCGAGGAGCAUUUGAAGAGCCAACAACAGGUCAGAGUGGUGGAAGCACAGAGAACAGAGAAGAAAGUGGCCCCAGAUAUGAGGUCUACUCACAAAAUCAAAUCCUCCCUUGCGAAAGUUGGAGCUGCUCCUGAAAGUCUGCCUGAAAUUACAACAGAGGCCCAGGCUUCAGGAACGUCAUUGGCCAAAGUCUCAUCUGCUGAAAGCUCCCCUGGAAGUCACGCUUUGGAAGACAAGGGCACAGCCACCUGGUCUCUGACAGCCUGGGUCUCCGAGGUCCAGGCUUUUGAGGCCCGGGCUGUGAGGGCUCAGGCCUGGGAGACGCAAGCUUUUGAGGCUCAGAGCAGGGCCAGCCAUCCCAAGGCAACCCCUGUCACAGAGGCAGAGGCUGCCCCAGUCCUGAAACAGGGACUCUUACCUGAGAAAGUUCAGGUGCCAGAGAAGGAGAAGAGUGAAGUCCUCAUUACUCGUCCAUUCUGGUCCAACAAGGCUGAGUACCUCCUGGCCCAGAUGGGCUAUACCAUGAGGCCGGCCAGUCUCUGGAGUUUUUGCUACCUGUGGCUUCACAGUGGAGGUGGCAUUUUUCUCAUCAUCUACAUCUUCUUGCUGUUCUUGAUCGGGAUUCCUCUCCUCUUCCUGGAGAUGGCAGCUGGUCAGAGGAUGCGUCAGGGCAACAUUGGUGUGUGGAAGGUCAUCAGCCCCUGGAUUGGUGGUGUAGGGUAUACAAGCUUCAUGGUGUGCUUCAUCAACAGCUUGUUCUUGAAUGUGAUCACUUCCUGGAUCCUCUUCUACUUGAGUCAGUCCUUCCAGUAUCCCGUCCCAUGGGAGAAAUGUCCCUUACUGGAGAACGCCAGUGGCUUUGAUCCUGAAUGUGCACGGACGACACCCUCCCUGUACUUCUGGUACCGGAUGACUCUGAAGGCCUCAGACAGUAUUGAGGAUGAUGGGCCACCAGUGUUCAGUCUGUGCCUGCCUUUAUUCGUGUCCCUGUGUCUUCUUGGUGUUUUCAUGCUUAAUGGGCUCAAGUGGACUGGGAAGGUAAUGUGUGUCUUGGUAUCAAGCAGCGGUCUCAUAAUGCUCUGUUUUGUCGUGCGGAGUAUAAUGCUAGAAGGGGCAGUAUUUGGCCUUCACUAUAUGACAAUUGUCAAGAUAUCAGCUAUAUACAACGUGAACGUAUGGCGCGGAGCAGGGAACCAAGUCUUGUGUUCCCUGGGCCUGGGCUUUGGCUCCAUUGUCUCCAUAGCCUCGCACAUUCAAUCAUCCAGCAGCUGUCUCAGUGAUGCCGUUAUUGUGGCUCUGGCUAACCUGAUCUCCAUGAUGCUUGUCACACCUUUUAUCUUCUCUGUCUUGGGCUUCUGGGCCACACAGCUCACGCACCGCUGCAAUGAGAAGAAUACUGAAACACUUUUGAAUCUGGUAAACAUGGGGAUACUGCCUCCUGAGGCCCAGCCACCUCAAAAUCUGAUUGGCAACCCAACCUCCAUCUUCACAUCCUGGUUCAACAGCCUCUCCAACCCCAUCAAGAAGGAGGUCCUCAGCCAUGUGCCUGAGUGCAACUUAGAGGAGCAGUUUUUGAAGAUUAAGGAGAGCACAAACUUUGCUUUCCUGGCCUUCGUUGAAGCCAUGUCUUUUAUUCCUGGGUCUGUCUUCUGGUCCUUCCUGUUCUUCCUAAUGUUGCUGAACCUGGAGAUGUCCACCAUGAUAGGGAUCAUGGACAGCAUCAUUACCUCUCUCCAAGACAUCUUUAUUUCUGUCCAGAAAUAUACAAAGCUGUUUACAGUGGUUGUCUUAAUGAUCAUGUUCCUGUGUGGCCUCUUCUUCACUCGACCUUCAGGCAGCUACUACAUCAGACUGCUGACUGACUACUGGACAAUCCUCCCUAUAAUCAUCGUCAUCGUAUUUGAAAACUUGGCUGUGAAAUGGGCCAGAGAGGCCAGCAGUUUCUUUGCAGACAUGGCUAACCUGUGGGGCCAUCCUAUGUACUCCAUCAUUCGUUGGCUGUGGUCCUGUCUAAUUCCAGUUGUGCUGCUAGCCCUGUCUGUGACCACUGUAUUUCAACUAUCUCUGAAGAAUAUCACCUAUCUGGCCUGGGACUCAAGCACUGUCAACGAGGAAGAAGGCCCCAUCCCUGCAGAAGCAGGAAUUAGAGUUCACCCAGCAUGACAACUGUCAAUGAAGACAUGGAGUCUCAGGAAGAGAAAUCUCAGCUGUCUGUGCCUUCAACUUCCAUAUCCCUGACUGCUACUGCCUCAGCUUACCAGUUAGUGUCCGAGAUGCCUACUGAGGAGAGCCAGAAGUUUGACCUUCUGUCAGCACACGUUUGGUCUGAUGAAGAUAAUGAAGACAUACUGGAGACCCCAAAAAAAGAUGAGCCAAAGGAUGAAGCCCCCCAUGAACGGCCAAUCUGGGCCAAUAAAACUGAGUAUCUCCUGGCCCAGGUGGGCUUCUCUGUGGGGCUGAGCACCAUCUGGCGCUUUCCUUAUCUGUGUUUUCACAAUGGAGGUGGUAAGCCUGGGGACCAGAAAUCAUGGACCCACAAGGGGGUGAGGAGCCAGAGACUUGUCCUGGCUACUCUGGGGUCCCUGAGAUAUGUAGGGGCUCAGGAUUUGGGAAACUGACCAAGGCAGGGGCCAGGUACCUGAACCCCUGGAACCUUGGGAGGGUGGGAGCAGGAUAUCUGAAUACUUAGUUUCAUAAGAACGGUGAAGCUAGAGGCCUGGGUCAAGGCAAGAGACACUAGGUAUCUUGGUCUUCCAGGAAUUGGGGGCUAGACACCUGGGACUGUGAGGGAUGUGGAAGCAGUUGACCCUUGAUGCCUGUGGCCCUGAGGGAGGUCACUGGUGGGGACCAUGUCUUCCUGGACCUAUGAAGAAGGCCAGGCCAGAUGGUUGGUUCUAAGAGCUCCUUCUUGAAUCCCUGCACAGGCAGUUUUCUCAUCAUCUACAUCCUGAUGAUGUUUUUGGUUGGGAUUCCUCUCCUCUUCCUGGAGAUGGCAGCUGGUCAGAGGAUGCGUCAGGGCAGCAUUGGUGUGUGGAAGGUCAUCAGCCCCUGGAUUGGUGGUGUAGGGUAUACAAGCUUCAUGGUGAGGAGUUCUGGGCUGCCCAGGCCUACCCUUUACACCCCAUCCCCAUCCUAACCCUCAUCCUGGAAUGGGUCCCCUGACUUCGCUUCCAAGGGUGAAGUCUGUUCGGUUCCCCAGCUCUCCCUCCGGCUAGCCUACCUUUUUCCCAUCUCCAGAACUCUUCAUGGUCCCUAGGUGUGCAUCAUCGUGGGCUUGUACUACAGUGUGCUCAUGGCAUGGAAUCUCUUCUAUUUGGUUCAGUCUUUCCAGUCUCCACUACCUUGGUUAUUGUGCCCCCUAUUAAAGAAUUCCAGUAUUGGUGAGAAGUGAGGGAAGAAAAGGGUAAAUGGGAGGGCUGAAAGGACAGAGGAAUGAAGUAGGAAAAGGAUCCUUGGGAGAAUACGAUGAAAUGGGACUGGAAGGAGUGGGUGGAUGUGAAGAAGGGGGAGGCACACCUGGCCUUGCAGUUUCCUCCAUGGCCAGUUCACCUCAGAUUCUGAAUGCGCACGGACCAGCCCCACCACAUACUUCUGGUACCGGAAGGUAUUGAAGGCCACAGAUGAAAUUGAGAUAGAUGGGAAACCAGUCAUGCAUUUGAGUGCCUCUGUCCUUGUGAUCUGGUUAAUCAUCUGCAUCUCCAUGAUCAAAGGGCCAAAGUCCACUGGGAAGGUGAGCUACCCUCUGACUUACUAAUGCGGUGGACUUCCUACUAUCUGAGAUCCCCUAAUAUUCUCCUAACUUGAUGCCUAUACGUCUCCAACUUCUCAUUCCCUCUAAUCUGACCUCCCUCUGAUUCCCAAUAGCCUUUGAUCUCACUCUACAGACUUCUGCCUCUGCUGAACUUUUCUUUGUGAAUCAUACUUCCUACUCAGAUGCUGUAUAUCUCAGUACUCCUUCCCUACAUCAUCCUUUUCUCUCUUCUUAUCCGGAGUCUCACGAUGAAAGGCGCAUAUUUUGGCCUCAAGAAUUUGUUGGCUGCCAAGGUAAGGCAUCACCCACUCUUUAAGUCUCUUAUCCAAAUAGUAGGAUUAAUAGUCUGAUAGAAACCCU